CCCGUUGGCCACGUGGCGCGUGUCGGAUCGGGGACAGCGUUGGCUAGUUCGCCUUGUAUGCCUAGCGUCAUGGAUUGCCGACGAGUGGAGCAGCGACAGGGCGCCAAGUGUUCCCCCGUUGCCUGCGCUUCCGGCGAUGGCGGCGGCGGGGGCGGCGGCCAUUCCCCUGAUCAUGAUCUUCUCCAGCAGCAGCGGCAGCAGCAAAUGCAAAAGCGACCGGAGGACCGGCAGACCUCGGCCCCAUUACAGCUCCUCACCACCCUGCAUUCCUCGUCCGUGCCCGCCGAGCUGAAGAUCACAGCAGCUUAUGAUCUUGCUCGAAAGCAAGGAGGAGGUGGCGGGAGGGAGAGGGAGACGAGUGAUGGUGACAAUUGGGGGAUGGUGGGAGAGAUGGGGGAGGAGAAGGAGUACGAGAGGGGCGGGGGGGGGGGGGGGGAAAUGGUGAAGCAUGGGCGCAAAGAACUCGACGAAGGGGCUUCAGCAGCGGCGGCGGUGGCGGCGGCGGCGGCGGCGGUUCUUGGCAAUACCGGGCAGGCGCAGCUAGUGCGCUUCUUGCACGAAUGGGUUGUUGGGUGUUUGGUUAAGUCCGCGUUUGGCGCGCAACGGGGAAGAAGUCAAAAGGCGGCGGAGGCGAGGAAGGGACAAGCGGGAGAUCGGGUGGGGGUGGGAAGAAGGGGUCUUGUUCCCGCCUCUUCGUCUGCGCCCCCUCCCCCUUCUCGGUCUGGCCAGUCAGCGGGCGGGAGAAACAGGCAUCUGAUGGGAUCGGGACCGAAGGAAGCACAAGCAGAGGGGGAUCUGUUAGCCUGCCGGGACUCGAGGUACUGGGCCGUGCUUACGUGGACUCUGGAGUCGCCGUUCUUGCCGCCAAGCACGCUGGUGAGCGCCAAUUUGCUGCAGGCCGUCGCCGCCGCCGUCAGCGAUGCUGACGUGGCUGAAGCAGAUUCGUCGGAUCUGGACGCUUACGUGGCGCGCGUGCUAGCGCUCCUUGUGGGGAAGUUCGCCCGCCGAUUUCGUCCGAGCUUGGAACACUGGGGGGCGAUGGUGGAGACGCUGCUCGGUCGGGCGGGAAUGAUAGGGGGACUGGAAGGUAUGGGCAGCGGCAGCGGAAGGGGGAGAGAGGAGGGAGGUGGUAGGAGCAGAAGGCGGCGGCAAAAUGGGAAGGACUGGAGGACAGUAGAGCUGUACGUACUAGAGGGCUUCGCGGAACACGUGCGCACGUCAGGCAAUCAGCGGAAAGUCUUCGUCUAUUUCGUGGACAGACUCAUGCUCGGAUUGCUCAGCCUGAGGGCGGCACGAACUUCUGGCGGCGGCGGCGACGAAACAGGAGGAGGAGGAGGAGGAGGAGGAGGAGGAGGAGGAGGAAGAGGAGGGAAUAUGCACCGCCAUCACCUCGAAUCAGAUCGAGAUCGGGAUCGGCCAGUUAGGGGUCGGGAUCCGGCAGAUAGGGAUCGAGAUCGGGUAGAUAGGGGAACGGAUGGGGCAAUUAGAGACAGGCAUCGGGCAGAUAGGGAUCGCGAUCGGGAUCAAUCAAGUGGUGGGAGUGGUGAGGAGGAGGACGGAGAUGGAGAGGAGGAAGUUGAUGGACGAGUGAAGACUGCUAUCGAGGAGAUUAUCAGACGGGCGCUGUUCCAUGAGACGCAUCUUGAAGGCUACUCUACUUCCUGUCAGGUAUUGACUAAGGUAGGGCACGAAAAGAUUAGUAGCAGUAGACGAGAAAAAGAGAGAGACGAAGCGGAAGAGGAGGAGGAGGAGGAGGAGGAGGAUGAGGAGGAGGGGGGGAGAGAGACGAAGAAAAGGCAAGCAGAGGCUGGCGAUCUUGAGCCGGAGUUUCUUCCCGACGAUAAAGAGCUGAAGAAGAGAAGGAGGGGGGGGCUGCAAGGAGGACGUAGUGUGGGGGGCGCGCGGGAUGUGGAGAUCUACAACUCGAAAUUCUGGGCGAAGAUUAGCGAAGCUGUCCGAGUAGGCCAUGGUGGUGUGCUCUCCUCCCUUGGAUGGCUGAUGGAGCUGUACGAUGCUGCACUCUCCACGCAAGAGAGAAUCAGGAGGAAGGGCAUGAUGAGUGCGCUGUUAUCUCCGCCUCUGUCUGCUACUCCUGGGCAGCCUGAAGAGGACGAUAUCAAGCGAUUGGGUGACGUCGAAGCGAGGGAGGAGGGGGAGUUGGAGGGUCAAGGCGAGGAGGAGGAGAAGAGAAUCGCCUUAGGAGCCAAUGUCAACGUCAAGGGGGGAGGCAAUCAACAACGACGGCGAGGGCGGCACGCAGCGGUAUUUGAGUUCUUUGCGGAGCUCUGCUCCCCUCUGCUGUCGCGGCUAACAAGUUGUGCGACGCUUACGGGUCCCACACAUGUAGAAGCAGCGGCGGAAUGCUUGGAGGCUGCGCACGACCUGCUCGGCACGACGCUGAAGGUCAAAGCAUACGUCCCGACGGAUGAUGCAGCAGAUGGGCUGCAUUUGAGAUUUCUGUCGCGGUUCUGUGCCUCUGUGAUGAGGGUGGAAGCCGUGGGUUUGCCACGUGGUCAGCUGAUGAUCGGGACGGAAGCUGUGGGUUUGCCAAAAUCACGGCCACGUGGAUCUCGGGGUGUGUACAAGGCCGAGGAGGAGGAGGAGGAGGAGGAGGAGGAGGAGGGAUCGAGAUGUGAUGUGGCUUUGAUGAAUAGGUUUUUGAAAGUAAUGCAUGUACUCUUGGAGAUAGAGUGCCGGGUUGUCAUGCCAUACUUGGAGAGCUUGUGGUGCAUGCUAUUUAUAGCUGCUGGAGUAGGGGGGGAGUUGGCAGCAAGGAGAGCCACAGACGAAGAAGCAGGCACAGCUGUGCGGGGCGAAGACAAGAAGCGUGUGGAAGGAGGAGUGAUUGCAAGCGAAGAGGAGGAGGGUGUGGAAGGAGGAGUGAUUGCAGAUCACCCAGAUCUGGUGCCAGUUACGCUACCAGGGCCUUUCGGCGUCUACCUGCCUGCUGCUGCUGCUUCACGAGGGGUGCAGGUGGUCUUAUGCUCCCUUCCCUUGUCACAGAAACUCGGGUCUGCCGUUCGUGUCAUGGCCGUUGGACAGGUGCCGUCUCUUGUGCGUACAGCUGCUACCAGCGUGAAAGAGCUCACGGCGGCAAUGCUUAAGAAGAUUAGCACUGUGCUGGCAUGCUCUUCUUCUGUAGUGAUGCCACCAGGAAGAAGCAAUGUCGGUAGCAGUGGUGAUAGUGGUGGUGGUGGUGGUAAAAAGGCCUCCUUGGGGGGGGAGCGGGGAAGGAGGGAACGCUUUCUGAAGCAACCACAGAAGAAGAUGGAAGUGAUUGAAUCUUUAAUCACAACAAAUGGCGGUCUUGGAGAGGAGCGCGCCUCCACCACAGGAUUACAGUUGCAGAUCGGACGGUGCGAAUGGAUCGCAAGUGGUGUGGGGGAGAUGUGCUGUAUACUCUUGGACAACGUGCAGGUGAGCACAUCAAAUGCAGUUGGGCUGGAGUCUGCAGUGCAGGAAUGGUACGCAGAUGUUUUGGUCCAUCCGCUGCAAAGGUGGAUUGACUUAUGUGUUGUAUUGGGAAGGAGGAGGAGGAGGAGGAGGAGGAGGGAAGGAAAAGAGGAGGAGCGGAGAAAAAGAAGAGGAAAUGAAGACACCUGUGAGGAGGAAGGUGGUGGGGCUAAAAAUAGAAUGCAGGAGGUAUCUUCAAAACGUGGCGGAGCUAAUAAUAGAACGAAUGGGGAUGCGGAUAGUUUGGACAAAGAUAAUCUGCAAGCAAUCCUCAAGAAGUGGGACAUCAAUGACAUGCCUUACACGUGGCGGAUCCUGCUUGCUCUACGGUCCUUGUUGAGUUGUCUCAGUCUACGUGAACAGUGUGCGUGGGUGAUGCCUCCUACAGCAGCAGCAGCAGCUGCAGGCAAAGCUGCUGUGGCAGUUGCAGAACUGAACGGUUUGUCUGCUGCUGAGUACACGGGACAUGAUACUGACGACGACGAUGAUGAUGAUGAUGAUGAUGAUGAUGAUGAUCAUCAUCAUCAUCAUCAUCAUCAUGGUGAUGGCAGAGAGGAAGGAGAGUCUGGUGGUUUCCUCCAGUCCAUAGGUCGAGGAGCUAUGCGAAUUGAAGAGUUUUUGGCUGGGUGUCAACACUUAUGGGGAACAAGGCAGCUGUUUGUUGAGCCCUCUUUAGUGUACCUUGUGGAGCGCAUGGUUGUUCGCUGUCUUGAGGAGGCAAAAAGGGAGGAGAGAAGAUUGAGAUACCAGCUGGAAAUUGGCGACCCUCCAAGUGGAGGGGGGCGGAAGGACAGGGGGAGGGGAAGAGAUGAUAGACGUAAUAAUAAACAGGAGGAGGAGGAGGAGGAAGAGGAGGAAGAGGGGGAAGAGAAGGAAAACGGGGUCGUACUUGCUGCUGCAUCUGGGAGGGAAUUGGCUAGUAAAAAUCCUCUUGGGGCAAACCGGAUAGACCCUGGAAUAAUUCUGGGGAAGGUUCGUCGCAAGGUCCAUUUGCUAGUGGAACAUAUUCUGAGAGGACUCGGGGAGGGAGGUGAUGAGGUUAAGCGGCGGCGGUUGGCCACUGCCGCUGAAGCGGUAGAGGGUCUGGCAACAGGAGCUGGAUUUACCUCCGCAGUAAGUGGGGAUCGGUCGGGAUCCAUCUUGAGCAGGUGGGAUGGUCUGGUCGGGACUCUAGAUCGCAACACGUUUGCCAUUGCGAGGUGGUAUCUUCUCUGCCGAACGUUCGAGUGUUGGUGUGCCGAUGCAACUGAGAUUCGCCUGCAGGGUUUUCUGAAUUGCAUCUUGGCAAGCGCAUUCGAUGGCGAAGGACAUGGAGGAGGAGGAGGAGGAGGAGGAGAAGGAGGAGGCUUGCAGGGCCAAGCUGGAGAGUGCAAGGGCGAUGGGGACUGCUGCGAAGUGCGGGCCUGCAAGGGCCGGGAGAGUCCUGUCUCCCAGGACCAGCAAGAUGUUACAAACCUGCGAAAAGCGGACAACAAGCAACAGGGACCUGCAGUAUGGGAAAGAGAAGACGUGGCAGUGAGAGGAGAGGAGGACUGGAAUCUCCGAGGAUUCUGUGUAGCUGAUGUAACGAGGGAGCUACUUCUGGACUCUGUGUUCCAUGAACAAAAGCGCAUUCAACGAGUCUGGUGUCGUGCGCUAUUGCUGAAGGCAACAGAGGCCCUGGCCGGGAGUUUGCGACCCUGGAGAACAAGCUCCAACUGCCACGUGGCAUUGUUGUCGCAGUUGAAUGAUUGGGCAGGAUCUCAAUCUGUCAUCACAGUGGCAACACAGCGGCAGGAAACAGGAAACGAGGCGAUGAUGGGGUUGAGUGUGGCGGCAGCGGCGACGGAGGAGGAAGAGGAGGAGGAGGAGGAGGAGGAGGAGGAGGAGGAGGAGGAGGAGGAAGGGGGACGUCCAAGCAAGUGCAGCAAACAAAAGAAGAAGAAGAAGAGGAGCAAAAAUGUGGUGGUUGUGGGUGAAAUGGAGGACAGUCUCAUCUUGAGUGUGAAGGAGGAGGAGGAGGAGGAGGAGGAGGAAGGGCGGGGAUCAAGAAAGUUGGGCAAACGAGAGAAGAAGAAAAACAAGAAGAUGGGGGACAACCACAUGGUCAGUGAUGGUGACUUGGCAGGUGCAGUUGUGGACAAGGAGGAGGAGGAGGAGGAGGGCGAUGAGGAGGAUAAUAAGAACAUGGGUAAAGGAAAGAAGGAGAAGCAACAGAGAAAGAAGAAGAGAAAGGAGGAAUGGGAUGGAGAGGAAGCAGGUCAGAUGGUUGAAGAAGACAAGGUUGAGCUGAAGAAGAAGAAAAAAAGAAGAAAAGAGGGAUUGGAUGACACAAAGGAGGCUGAAGCUCCACUUGCGGCAGAUGAAGAAGAGGCUGAGAGGAGUAUAACGAGGAAUGGCAAGGGUGCAGAGAUGGAAGAAGACAACAACACUGGAACAGAAGGGAAGAGGGGGAAGGAGAAGGAGAGAGAGGGGCGUAACAGAGGGAGAGACUCUGAGUUGGCUGGCGACGAAGUGGUGGACGGGAGCCGAAGAGAGAGAAAGAAAGCCAAGAUUGCGAGGAAAAUGAUGAGUGAGGAAGAAAAAAAGGGCAUUUUUGAAGAAUUGCCUGGGUCAGAAGGAGGUGUGGCAGCAGGGGAAGCAGAGAGAGAAUGGGAGGAGGAGGAAAACCACUCUCAGCCUCAGCCAGCGACGCAGCAGCCUAUGGGUGGUGGUGGUUGUGGUGGCACUUUGAUGGAGUUUGAAGGAUGUUCUAGAGGCUUGAGAGAAGUAUCGAAGAUCCUCAAGUCUCUUGUGAGGGUACCUAGGGGGGUCAUACCGAGGAGCGACGCCGUUACGUCUGUGGUCGCUGUUCAGCUGAUGGAAAAAUGUCUGGUUGAGAUUCUUCUUGAGACGAGGAAGACACUUCUUCCACAAACUCCCAUCUCCGUCUCAGGCCGUGUUAGACGAGUAUUGCAAGUGGGGGAGGAUCCCCCUCUGGGUGCUGCAGCUGUCGGGGAGGUGGUCUCCACCAUCCUUGCUUGCCGAAUGGCGAUGGCAGGGUUGACGGCGAAAUGCAUUCCAUGCAUUACUUCCCUUGAAGAGGGAUCGUCGAUGCAGCUGCCUGGAGGAUGCCUUCCCACUCUAUCUCCAUCGUCGUGGAGCUCAGGCAUAGAUUGGUUGCUACAGCCUGUUGAUGUCUGUGCAUCUGUGGCUGCAGAUCUUCUUGCCCGCUACGCACCGUCAGGGUCACUGGCGGGACCGGUGUCGAGCCAGGUGUCUGACAGGACGUUGCCCCACGCUAUGUUGUCAGGUGCAUCUUUGCAAAUGCGUGCGCACCUGCAGGUGCGUUCGAUCGUCAGCUGGACAAUGAAGAUAACAGGCAAUCUUUUUACUGCAUGGUUGAUUGAUAAUUUCCUGAUUCUUCGAGGUGGUGUUUACCCUGGUGGUGGAAAGAGAAAGCACUGGGUAUUAGGGGCGACACUGGAUGGGAUAGCCGUGAAUGCAUUGGGAUCAUUAAGGAGUCGAUGCGAAGAGCUCAAGGGGCAUUUUGUGCGCAAUGAUGGUAUCGAUCUGCAAGUGGCAUUUGCAAUCAAGAAAAGUUUUGCGACUUCGAAGAAAAGGACGAAAUUGCGAACGGGCUUUACGGGUCCAGUACCGAGAAGUGUUGUUCUCCAGGUCAUGAAAGAGCAAGCAAAGAACACGGGAGGCAGCGGUUCUCACUAUGUGCCGCAGAAGUUUACGGGGGGACCACCACCUGAUGGUUGCAGCAUGGCGGAGUGGCAUAAGGCAUGCCUGUCGCUAGCAGUGAUCAGCGCUAGCGUUGCAGGUCUGACAGCCACAGUCGAGGAGUCCUGGAAGCUGACUAAGUACAGUACCAAGAAGAAAGGGAGGGAUUGCAGGGUGGGAUGGACAGCCAUACCUGCCAGUAUGCGUCAAUGGGUUCUGUACGUCGCGCCCCUUCUCGCUCAAAUCCUGGAGGAGAUAACGGCGGCGGCAACCUUGGGAGAAAGUUCAGGUCCAUCUGGGCAGGCCGCGAAUGGCGUCUUAAGGAACUCUGAGAGGACGACGGGUGAAAACUUUGUAGGGAUGGAUGAUGUUGUCACUCAGCAGGUGGCAGAGACGACGAAUAGAGCAGGGGAAUGUGUGUGCGAUGAUCCCGAGGAUCCUGAUGGCAGUGGUACUCGAGGGAAGGAAGGAGAGACGAAGACAGGGAAGAGAACGGAUUCUUCGGCCUGCGCUGCUGUAGAUUGGGAGGAAGUGACCAAGUCAAUGGAAGCGACAUGGGUGAUGCUGACCAAGGUAGAAUGUGGGAGGAAUUGGGAAAGAGCAGGCAAGCAUUUACUGGAGGACAGAGGUGGAACGGAAGCUGUCUGCAAUAAUGAUGUGGUGAGAACGGCGGAUGCGGAGCAGGUGAAGCAGGGACAGCACUGCAAACUGGGCAACAUAGCCGCUCCAGUUGUGCAUCGUGAGGAUGGAGUAGAACAGAAGUCGCAAGCAACCGCCGGAGAAGACGCCGAAUGUAGUACUACAAUUGUAAUCAAGGACUCCGUUGGGCACACGUUCUCUGCCUACGGGUGUCUUCUCAAGAUGCAUGUCUGGUUAACGGGUCCCAAUUCCAAAGCAGGGGUCGGCGACAGUGCUCUUCGUGAGGAUGGCGAAGUUCCCGAGUCUUUUGCAGCAUUGUCCGCCACUUCUAUGGGCCGUCAACUUGCACUUGCACUUUGGAUGUUGUCGAGAGAGGUGCAGAGGCUGAGUGUCUGCAAGUCAGAAGAGAACGUGGGAACGAGUGGUGAUCCUCUUGGUGCCUGGCUUCUUGGGGUUCUGAAUUACCUGGAGGCUAUAGGCCUUUGCCUCCGGGCAUCAGGAUCGAAGCCCCCGCAUUUGCUCAUUGAGCGUCUGCUUCAUUUCUAUUUGUCUGCAAUGGAUAAUGUGGGACCACCUGCAGCGGCAGGCUCUGGUGGAGGUACCACUGCCAUACGUGGAAGUGCAGCAGAAAGGAGACAGCAACAGUUGGACUCCGACAAACUGGUCUGCGCUCAGGUACACAAGUCCCACAAUGUGUCCCGCGACGAGUAUUCACAUUCCUCCUCUGGUAACCAAAGGGGCGCUGGCCUUGAGUUUCUGCGAUCGGGCAUAAGUCGAUGUGUCCGCGCCUUGAUAGAAGGUGCUUGGCGAUGGCAGUCGAUGACGGUGUUGAAGGUUGUAUUGGAACACGUGACGGCCGUUAGAGAUAUAGGUACAGAGUCGUCGACUGAUUCUGAUGGAAGGAGCAUUCUCACUGAGGACCAGUUGAUCGAUGCAGCAAGUACAAUAGAGGGCAUGUGGAAAACGACGGUCUGCGCAACCAGUGUACGACGGGUUGCUGUUGGACUCGAGUGCCUCGGUAUCUUCGUCGAUGUGAGUGCUAGUUUCCCAGGGGCGAUGAAACCAGAUCUUCUCGUCAGCCGCAGUAAGAGGAUUUUGUCUACCCUCUUCGAUGUUACUCUUGCUCUGUGUAAACGCGGAGAAUCUGCCACCACAGGAGGCGCGAACUUGCACCCACUCUUCUCAGAGGCGGCGUCAGCUGCGCCCGUCGUCCAUAGGGUAUUGCAGAUGCUACGGAUCAUCUCGUCCCGCCAGAGUUACCCUAUGGAUGAAAAUCACAUCGGACUUCUCUUUCAAUUGCCGCUCAUGGUGUUUGGAGUCGGGGCGCGCUGGGAACCUUGUGGCAUGACGACUGCCGCACAAGCUGCGAGGUGGGAGAAUCAAGAUGCUGCUGCAGCUCAGGCAGACCAGCCUGACAUCAGAGCGGCGGAAAACUGGGGUGCCGCUGACAUUGCUGCGCUCUUGUAUGUGGGGAUUUGCAGGCUGGUAAACACCGUCAUUCAUCAUCGGUCAGGAGGGAGCCGCCACUUGGGCGCUUCCAUUGGAACUUGCCUGCGCACUUUGCUCCGCGUCCUGGCCAAAGCCCAGUGGCUGGACCCCUGCGGUUGCAGCCGGAGGAUCUGCGGGUGGGAUGCAAAAGCAGCGAUCCGCUGUGCCAGCGCAUUGCGACGCGUGUACGAGGAAGUGGCAAACAACAGGGACUGCCUUGGUAGGUUCUGCAAAUACUACCUUGCGGAUUAUGUUGCCGUCGUCUGCGGCGAAGGCGAAAACAAUGACGACGAGGGCGAAGGGUGCGGUCUGAGCAGAGAAGCAGAAGGGGCGGUUCGUCCGGGAGCGUUUGCGCUUAUGGAUGUCUGUUCCGAGAAAGACUUGCAUCAGCUUCACUUGUCGUUUGGAGAAGGGGGACUACAAGGCACGUUGAGUAUGUUGAAGAGGGAGUACGAGCUGAGCCACAAGUACACAGGAAAGGUGUAGUGGUAGUGCUAUUGUAGAGGCCGCAUGGUCCGUAGCAUGCAGGGGGGCAUACAGGCCUGGCGAUGUGUGGCAUGAUCGAAACCCUGUUUUUUAUUUUUUUUUAUUUUUUUGAAGCUACUGAGCGUCCUUAUGUUCUGUAGAAACCAUGUUGGUAGAGAUUGGCUAGAGAUUAAGCUGAGCUACAUCAGCUUGCAAUUUUUUUCCUCGGAUGUCUUUGGCGAAAUUGUUGGAAGCAUUCCAGAGAACUGUUGCGCUAUGUGUUUUUUCCCAGGCGUCGGGCUUGGCGCACUUGGUCGGUUUCGGUGUUACCUGUCAAGUACCAUCAUCUGGAUUCGAACUCGGGGCUGUUUUUCAACAGUUCAUGGGUGUACCCAGUACUACCCACUGAGCUAUAGGCCUA